AUGCUAACUUUACUAUCAUGGACGUUUCUCUUGGUUCUUUUUCUUCCAGAACAUAUUUCUCCGGCAGCAACCCUAAACGGAACAGUUCCGGCAGAAGCUCAAAGUCCUAAGCAACAAGAUGACUGGUUCCAGAAUCCUGACAUUUGUUUCGAUGAUUUUGAUUCUCUACCAGGUAAUAUUGAUUUCGAUGUGCCUGAUCGCCUGACGGAUGCGAUGAGUCAGCAGGAACUGGCAUACUACAAUAUUCAUAUCGACAAAGAUCCACGUCCUCAGGUUCCAGAGAGGUCUGACCCAAAUCAUUUUAAAUCAACGACUGUCGUCCGCGACGAAGAUUCUAUGCUUUGGGAAUCUAUUCUUUCUGACAUUCAACGUAUAAACCAAAUAUCGGAAGAUGAAGCCAACAAAAAUGUUCCGGAAGUAUAUUCGGCGGAAAUUACUGCUGGCUUAGUGCCUGAAAAAUCUGCUGGUGUAUCUAAUAUUCAGGCCGAAGAAAGAUUAACUUCCAAAUAUUCCUAUCCUUCAACUUCCCGUAGUGCGGAAAAUUUCUUUUUCCCAUCCGAAAUUCAGUCCACCAAUCAAGUAUUAAAAAAUGAAAAAUUCAUGGCCAUUUCGGAAAUUAUCAGCAGUCAGUAUGCUGCCGAAUCAUCACAUAUGAACUCAGCGAAACCAAGUGCUGUUUUCGGACUGUACACCGAUUCGAUUCCUGGGCCAAGUAAUAGAGCAACUGAGCAUAAGGAGGUAAACUCGAUGGAGCAGUUUGAUUCUGUGAGAUGUCAGUGUGGUUUUAUUGGAAAUACGCGUUGUAUGAAAUCGUUCGUGAGUUUCCGCGUUCAUCUUGAGAGCCACAAUCAAAAUGGUAAAUACUGCUGCCACUGGCACGGAUGCGGCAAAAAUUUCAGUGAUUAUCGAAAGCUUGACCAGCACUACUUCGAGCAUUUGAUAACUAAUCCUGAACUAGCUUUAUUCCGCUGCCUGAACUGCUCUCGAUGCUUUUGGUCGCAUUUUUCGCUUACAGAGCAUCGUCGUACGCACAGCAUUAAAGGAUUAACAAACACCACUCGAAGCGUAGACACGGUUUCACCGAUCAAAACCCAUUCCUCCCUGAUGUCAACUUUUCUUCUUCUUCCAGAAAAUAUUUCUCUGGCAGCAACCCAAAAUGGAACAGUUUUGGCAGAAGCUCAAGGUCCUGGGCAACAAGAUGACUGGCUACAGAAUCCUGACAGUUGUUUCGAUGAUUCUGAUCCUCUACCACGUAAUGUUGAUUUUGAUAUGCCUGAUGGCCUGACGGAUGCGAUGAGUCAGCAGGAACUGGCACACUACAAUAUUCAUAUCGACGCGGAUCUACGCCCUCAGGUUUUAAAGAAGUCUAACCCAAAUCAUUUUAACUCAACGACUGCCGUUCGCGACGAAAAUUCUAUGCUUUGGGAAUCUAUUUUCUCCGACAUUCAACGUAUAAACCAAAUAUCAGAAGAUGAAGCCAGCAAAAAUAUUCCAGAAGUUACUGCUGGAUCAGUGCCCGAAAAAUCUGCUGGUGUAUCUAAUAUCCAGGCCGAAGAAAAACUAACUUCCAAAUAUUCCUGUCCUUCAACUUCCCGUAGUGCGGAAAAUUUCUUUUUCCCAUGCGAAAUUCAGUUCACAAAUCAAGUUUUAGAAAAUGAAAAAUUCAUGGCUAAUUCGGAAAUUAUUAGCAGCCAAUAUGCUGCCGAACUGCCACAUACGAACUCAGUGAAACCAAGUGCUGUUUUCGGAUCGCACACCGAUCCGGUUCCUGGGCCAAGUAAUGGAACCGUUGAGCAUAGGGACGCAAAAUCGAUAGAACAAUUUGAUUUUGCCAAA